UUUUUGUUUGUUUGUUUGUUUUUUUUAGAUAUUUAACAAAUAUGUAAUCAUACUAAUAUAUGUAUUUAAUUAAAUGUUGUCAUAGAUUCGGAGAAUGUUUAGCACAGAAAAGCCUUUUCAAUGAUGUCAUAAAAAUAACUACAACUCCCAUAAAGCCCUUUGAUAAGGAAGCGUACAAACGUGUUCAACUGAAAUAGGAGUUUGAACUGAAGAAGAAGACCUCUUCUAAAACAUAUAACCGCUCCUGUUUUUGCAAAUAUGCACCGAUCGCUAAACAAGUGACACGCUUUACACCAGCUUCUUGUCAGCAGUAAACCACCAUGGGGACAGUUUUUGCCAUUGUUCUUGUUUUUGUCGGAUGCUGUAGCAAUGUGGUGUUCCUGGAGCUUCUUGUAAGAGAGUUCCCGGGAUGCGGCAACCUCGUCACCUUUGCUCAGUUUGCAUUCAUCGCAUUAGAAGGCUUCAUCUUUGAAACAGACUUUGGGAGGAAAAAACCUGCAAUUCCUAUCAGAAACUAUGUGAUCAUGGUGGCGAUGUUCUUCACAGUCAGUGUGAUCAACAAUUACAGUCUCCACUUCAACAUCGCCAUGCCACUACACAUGAUCUUCAGAUCAGGAUCGCUAAUUGCUAACAUGAUCCUGGGAAUAAUAAUCCUGAAGAAAAGGUAUCCAGCCAGUAAAUAUCUGGCUAUAGCUUUAGUUUCAGUUGGCAUCUUCAUAUGCACCAUCAUGUCUGCCAAGCAAUUGAAUGUGGCAAAUGAGGGAUCAGAAGAGCAAGGUUUUUAUGCCAUCAUGCACUGGCUUAUAGGCAUUGCCAUGCUGACCUUUGCUCUGCUGAUGUCUGCAAGGAUGGGCAUUUUCCAGGAGACGCUGUACAAGCAGUAUGGAAAACACUCCAAAGAGGCUCUGUUCUAUAAUCACUGCCUGCCUCUGCCAGGCUUCCUGCUUCUCUACACAAACAUCUACAACUACUGUGUUUACUUCAGUCAGAGCGCUCCUGUAGUCAUUCCUGUGGUUGGAGUGACCAUGCCCAUAAUGUGGCUCUACCUUCUCAUCAACGUCAUCACACAGUAUGUGUGCAUCCGUGGUGUUUUCAUUCUGACCACAGAGUGCACCUCGCUGACUGUUACUCUAGUGGUGACACUGAGAAAGUUCUUCAGCCUCAUCUUCUCCAUCAUUUAUUUCCAAAACCCAUUCACUGCCUGGCACUGGGUGGGCACAGCUGUGGUCUUCCUCGGUACUCUGCUGUACACAGAGGUGUGGAGCAGCAUCCGCAUGGUUCUGCAUGGACCCGAUGCUAAGAAGAAGAAGGCCGAGUGAAGAGGGAGGGACUGGAAAAACAAGCAGUGUUGGACUUGGAGAUUGUUUUUGGUCAAACUAUUCUCCAGCGAUUUUAUAGUUACAUCAUUUUGUUUUCAUACUUGAUCACGCAUCACAGACAUGGAUGGAUUAUUGAGCGGACCUACCAGGCACAGGCCCAGCGGCCCCCAAGACCAGAGAACUGUGACACGAGUGUUGGCCUUUCUAUUGGAAAACCAGUCAAAUUUCUACAAAAUUACUACAAAAGGCCACAAAAAGAGAAAAAAAGAUGCAAAACAGCUGGAAAAACAAAACACCAUGGACACCAAAUGGCUAAAAAUACAGAAAUUGACCCCAAGACAGCAAAAAUAUACAAAACAACAAAGAGACAACCACAGAAAGAUGUAAAACAAUAGACACAAGAAAAAAAAUAGGUGCAAAAUGGCUCAAAACAGACGCAGAAAAACCACAAGAAGACAAACUGAAUCACAGGGUUGCUCACACUGUCUGUUGUGGUUCUAGAAAUGGAGGAGGGGUGAGGGCCCUGUACAUAUCUGUGCCCAGGGACCCGUUGUCUCAUAAUCCGUCCAUGGUCACAUAGUAAACCCUUCACACACUGACAGAAACAGGUUAACGGCUAAUGCUGGUGAUGAUCUUCUAGAUUUUUGUUAUGUUCAGCAAAUCCCAGGAAAAGACCAAAACCAACAGUGCGGUAGAAAAGUGAAAGUACCAAGAAGACGACUAAGCUCUCAGUCCAAAAUCCCAUUGGUUCAAACAGCUAAAACAGCUAUUACAUUAACAAUGGCUCAUAUGGCUAGUUGUUACUGGAAGGUAGCCCCUUGUUGAGAUGAACCUACAGAGCAUUAUCUCCCAACUCUGCAGUUCACUGGAGCAUUUUAUCAUCUUUUUAAGUCAGUGUUUUAGUUUUACCACAGCUUUACAGUUUUUGAUUCCCACCACUCUCAUCAGUGUCGUUUUAUGCUACAUCAGACAGCUGUUUUCAAUUUAAAAAAAAAAAAAA